GCGCCGCGUGGCGGCGCUGAGGGGUCGCCGAGAGGAGCUCCGCGGCGUCUGUUGGAGCCGUUCCCUCGUUGGGCCGCCGGCGAGGGCAUGAGCGCGGACUCCCUCUGCCUCCAGAGCGGCGGGAGCGGCGAGGGAAGGAGGCGCCGCUUGGAGGCCACCGUCCAGGGCAGCGCCGGGGGAGAGCAGGGCGGGAGAUGUGCCUGUCCUUAGCGGCCCAGGAAGCAGCAUGCACCCCGAGGCCACCGACAGCAGCGGCGCCGGCCUCACGGAAGCCCCGGGCGAGCGGCGGCCGGAUUCCCGGGAGGACGCGGCAGCCCCCGGGGGCCCUGGCGGCGGGAGCUGGCGGGCGCCGGUGGCCGUGGCCGCCCUCGCCGCCGUGCCCCUCUGCUUCCUGGGGCCCGGCUGCUGGGAAGCGGGAAGCGCGGGGCCGGGCACCGUCCUGCUCAGGCUCAGCCUGUACCUGGGCUGCGCUGCGGCCGCCUUCCUGCUGGGGACCUUGUUCUCUCUGGCCUGCCGGAGCCCGCGAGCUCCGCCGCCCGACUUCGCCGCCGCCUGGAGACGGCUGGCCGCGGCCGCCCGCCGCCCGCCGGAGAGUCCUGUGUGUGGAAACUCACACGAGUCAGUUCAGUCUAGAAGGGUAGUCAUUUCUCAUAACAUGGACAAGGCUCUGAAAGAAGUGUUUGACUACAGUUACAGAGACUACAUCCUGUCCUGGUAUGGAAGCCUCAGCAGAGACGAGGGGCAGCUCUACCACCUGCUUUCCGAGGACUUCUGGGAAGUUGUCAGACGGCUGCGCCACAGGCUGAGCCGCGUGGACAUGGUCAGAGUUGUCUGCAGUGAUGUCGUGAGAGCUUUACUCGCUCACUUCUGUGACCUGAAGGCGGCAGACGCCAGACAUGAAGAACAGCCGAGGCCCUUUGUGUUGCAUGCAUUCUUGAGGAACUCAGAUGAUGAAGUAAGAUUUCUACAAACGUGUUCUCGGGUUCUGGUGUUUUGUCUUCUUCCCUCAAAGGAUGUCCAGUCUCUCAGCUUACGCAUAAUGCUUGCAGAAAUUCUCACAGCAAAAGUCUUAAAGCCAGUAGUGGAGUUACUUAGUAAUCCAGAUUACAUUAACCAGAUGUUGCUUGCCCAGUUGGAGCACAGAGAACAGGUGAAUGAACAUCACAAGAGAGCCUACACCUAUGCUCCCUCCUAUGAAGAGUUCAUCAAGCUUAUUAACAGCAACUCUGAUGUUGAGUUCUUGAAGCAACUAAGGUAUCAAAUUGUAGUGGAAAUAAUCCAAGCAACUACAAUUAGCAGCUUCCCCCAGCUGAAGAGGCAGAAGGGUAAAGAGACUGCUGCCAUGAAGGCUGAUCUCCUGAGGGCCAGGAACAUGAAAAGGUACAUUAACCAACUGACUGUGGCAAAGAAGCAGUGUGAGAAGAGGAUCAGAAUCCUGGGAGGCCCUGCCUACGACCAGCAAGAGGAUGGGCCCUUGGAUGAGGGGGAAGGGCCUCAAAGCCAGAAGAUUCUUCAAUUCGAAGAUAUCUUGGCCAAUGCUUCCUACCGAGAGCACUUUCGAACAUACAUGGAAAGGAUGGACAAGAGAGCUCUGAUUAGCUUUUGGGAGUCUGUGGAAUAUUUAAAGAAUGCUCACAAGAACGAAAUUCCACAAUUAGUUGGUGAAAUUUACCAGAAUUUCUUCGUGGAGAGCAAAGAAAUAUCUGUGGAAAAAUCACUUUACAAAGAAAUCCAGCAGUGUCUUGUAGGAAAUAAAGGAAUCGAAGUGUUCUGCAAAAUCCAGGGAGACGUUUAUGAGAUGCUGAAGGAUAGGUAUUACCCUUCAUUUAUUGUCAGUGAUCUGUAUGAGAAAUUGAUGAUAAAAGAGGAAGAAAAGCAUGUCUCCCAGUUGAUUUCCAACAAGGAUGAAAUGGACCCGGGAGGUGAGGCUGGUGAGGAAUCUGUGGAUGACGGUACCAGUCGGAUUAAUGAACAAACCAGUUUUGCUGUAAACAAACUACGAGAACUAAAUGAGAAACUUGACUAUAAGAGGCAAGCUCUAAAUUCUAUUCAGAAUGCACCAAAACCUGACAAGAAGAUUGUUUCUAAGUUGAAGGAGGAAAUAAUUCUAAUAGAGAAAGAACGCACAGAACUUCAGCUGCACAUGGCAAGAACAGAUUGGUGGUGUGAGAACCUCGGUAUGUGGAAAGCCUCCAUCACCAGUGGAGAGUUUAGGCAGCAACACCACGCAUGUUCUCCAGGAGCCAGCCUGACAGCACACGUGUUGCGUGAGAGCUUACCAAGUGCCCUUAGUCUGUCUUUGGUGCUUGUUGAGCCUCCCUUUCAGGUUACAGAAGAGAAUGGUGAACAAAUGCCCUGUUACUUUGUCAUGGUAAGCUUACAAGAAGUUGGAGGAGUUGAAACUAAGAACUGGACAGUCCCCAGAAGGCUCAGUGAGUUUCAGAAUUUACACCGGAAACUUAGUGAGUGUUUCCCUUCUUUAAAAAAAGUCCAGUUGCCUUCUCUUAGCAAGCUGCCUUUCAAAUCUGUAGAUCAAAAGUUUAUGGAAAAGUCAAAGAAUCAAUUAAAUAAGUUUUUACAGGUCAGGACAGAUCCUCAAAAUAUCUUUGGUUUUGGGUUCUGGGGUUUGUUUGUUUUUUGGUGAUAUAUGUAUGUAUAUGUGUGUAUAUAUAUGUAUACUCUACAGACAGAAAAUGCAGAUACCAUGUGUACGGCUUUCUCCAGUUUCACAAACUGGACACACCCUCAUAACUAGCACCUAGUCCCAGAGACAGAGUGUCACCAGUCCCGCCAGCGUCACCACAGGUGACCGUGGUCCCGACUCACGACCACGCGCUUACAGCUGGUUUUGAACUUCACCUGAGUGGAGUCACAGGGCGUGGACCCCCUUCACUCAGGAUCGUGGGCCUGAGGUCCUCCCAUAGGGCUAUUUCAGUUGCAGACCGUUCUUUGAUUUCAUUUUUGUUCUCGUUUUCAUUGUUGAAUGGGCUUCUCCUGGCGUGAAACCCCUGCAGUCUGUUCGUGCUCUUGUUGAUGGGCGUUGGGAGAGUUUCCAGGUGGAGGCUAUUAAUAAGCUGUCAGUGCUUGUCUUUCGGUGAAUAGCUGCUGGGGAAUCCCUAGGCAUUUGGGGUUUUCAGUUUUUGUGAGUGGUCGUAGCGGUUUGUACACUCUCACCAGCGGCAUGCAGGCUUCUGUUCACUCCACACUGGACGGUUUCUUUUGUGAAGUUAAAGUUGUGUCUGCUUUUCAGUCGUGUUGCCUGUCUUUUCCAUAUCGCUUUGCAGGAGUUUCGUGUGUGUUUUGGAUGUGCAUCUCUUGUCAGAGCAGAUGUGCUGUGGCUAUCUUCUUUCUGUGGGUUGCCUUUUCAGUCUCUUAAUGAGCAUAAGUUCUCAAUUUUAAUUUAGUCCAAUUUAUCCAUUUUUUUUCCUUUUGUGGUGAAUGUCUUUUGUGCUUGUGGAGAAAUCCUUGCCUACUGCAAGGUUCUAAAGGUAGUUUCCUUAUUUCCUCUAAACGCAUAACUGGUUUCUUUCACUCUAUCUUUAGAACAUAAGACCGAACAAAGGUAUACUGUCUCCAGUAGCAAACCACUAUUUAUUUUUUCCUUAGGUGGGGCCUCUGUAUUCAGGGUCUUGUUAAGUUGCUCACACCACAGCCCCCAAAGCCCGUAUAGUUCUCGGGGGGCAUGGACCUUUGCUUUGUGAAACACUUUUUGCCAGUGCAGUAGUAGCUAGAAGUCCUGAGACUUAAUAAUGGAUGUUGCCAAAUUCUUAGUAAAGGUUAUGUUAUAUUCAGUUGGACCAGGGUGUGAAUCAUAGUUAAAGUAGGUACAUUUUAGCUGGAGUUCCCUUGCAAGUUCCUAACUAUUUUUCUCUCAUAUAUUCAUCUCUCUCUAAAUAUAUAUUUUUUAUAAAUAUAUAAAUCUGUGUGUGUGUGUGUGUGUAUAUAUAUAUAUAUAUAUAUAUAUAUGUAUAUGUAUAUAUUUCCCUCAGGAAAUAAAAUAAUUGCACCUUUGAAAAACUUUCCGAGUUUAAUUAUGGCAGAACUGGGAUAGAGAAUCAUUAAUGUUUAAAUGCUAUUACAGGAGAGAAUUUAAAACUGAAAUAUUACCAUCUCGUUGCUGAUUCAGAACGUCUAGGAAAUAUUAAACCCACUCAAGCAUUGUACCUGAUUAAAUUGUUCAGAUGAACUAAAGGUCUUGUUUGUGAAACGAAUAUGUAUUAUUCAAAAUCGAAGCUUGUGAAGCCCCACGUGUGUAGCUCUGGGAUCUUGCAGCUGAUGCUUCCGUUUCCUUCCAGCCUCUGCUGUUGGGGGAGGGAGGGUCUCGGGUUGUCUGGCGCUUCCAGCCCUUCAGCUGCCUUUCCAGUUGUGCUGCAGAGACCGGGGUGCCCCCUGCACUUUUGGGGAUGCAGGGAGGGGUCACUUGUGCCUCUGUUGGGUUGCUGGUGAUGGAAAUGGGUUAGUGAUUCCUGCCCUGGUGCCAAGAGAAGCAUGUGCUCUGUGCUGCCAGUAGGUGGCGUGGGUGAGGCUGGGGGCGGGGACCAUCUGCCUGAAGAGGUGGAAGGGGCAUCUCAAGGGGCCAUUUGUCUUUUGAUCAAGAGGAUUGUAAGUCAGAAAGUAAUGGUUUAAAUUGCUUUUCAUUUCCUCAAAGACUUCACGUGAAAGUGCUCACUAUUUAAUAACUUUAGGUAGAUUACACAGCAAACUGAAGUUUCAAAAUAUCAUCCCACCAGCUGCAGACAGGAAAAGCAAGAUGCAAAAGGUAUAGUCUGAAAGGCAGAUAUUAUUAGGUCCACAGGACCUUCCAGAAAAGAGGAUUCCAUUGAGUGUGUGUUUGUGUGAGUAUUUAUAUAUGACACAUGGUUCCCUUCGAGGUAUAGUGAUAAUAGAUAGUAAUCCAGCCAGUCGUCCCUCACACACAGGCAGCUUACUCUAGCCGUCCCCGCAGUAGUGCGGCACCCACUUCUGGGUGUGCACGUGCUGUUCGCUCUUCCUGGAAUGUUUUACUCUCCUCAUCUCACACUGACUAGUCCUCUUAGAGACUCCACCUGUGUAGGACAACGUGCUCUAAGCCUUUGGGGGGAAGGAGUGGGAAUUAGGAUUAUAUUCUCAGCUUGAAGAUGUGAUAAUAUCCCAAUUACACCUUGCCCCAUAGACAUAAUCUUUGAGAACAUUUCUAAGUUCUCAUACAUGUUCAAUUUGGUUACUUUCCCUCAUGAUAGUAUAUAACUUAGUCCAAAGACUUGUCAUCCUUAAUGAUUUCCUUAGUUACGUUGAUUGCAUUAUUUGAGACUUAGCAUUGGUUAUCAUUUGCUACUAUUUGAUAAAAGAGUGCUGGAGUGGAGAUUAGCUAAAGGAAAUCAAGGUGGAGGGAGGCUGUCUCACUCCUAACCCACCCUCACGUGCAGCUGAGCAUCUAAUGCUCUACAAAAGGAAUAAAGGCUCGGGGGCCUGCCUGGGAAGGCAGUAGUGACCCCAACUCCCUGUCCCCUAAAUCUCCUUCCCCACGUCUGAGGCAGAACCUCCAUCUUCAGGCCAGUCUUCCGCAGGACACAGGAAGCUGACGACCACUGGAAUGCGGUGGGGGGGUGCCCGGGACCCCCGUCCCCAGUGUGGCACUAUUGGGCUGCUCGGAGGUGCUUUUCUAGGGAGGGUCACAGGGUUUAUCAGAUUUCAAGCUUCGUCUGAGCAAACAUAAUGUGAACGUCAUGGACCAACUCCUCUGGGACCAGAAUGUAGCCUGUUCUCCCAGCAGAGAGGGUUCUGCCAUCAGAACCCCAGUGUUCCAGCCCCCCAGGGAGUUACAUCAUCCAUGGGGCAGGAUUUCUCAUUGGUUCAUUUAUUCCUAAACCCUGUAUCUGUGAGCACCAGACAUUUACACGUUCUUGUGGUCACAUUGUUAAUUUUCCUGUCUUAUCAGUAGUACUUGCUUCAUACGUCAACGUGAUGCACGUUCUCCUUUCCUUUCUCCUAAGGCCAGAGAACUUGAGCACAUUUCCAGUUUAUGGGCCAAUAAAAACAGUUAUAAAAUUAUGUAAACAUACGCUGCCUGGGGAAGGUGGAGCACAGGGACAGAAAACUACUGGCUGCCAGGCAGUUACCACCACGUGACAACCCAAAGCUCUUUUUUCAGCUCAUGUACAAAGUCCGCACGCACGUAGCCAUGAAAGGGUUGGGUGGGAUCCUUGUGUAGUGUGCGGAAAACACCCAUGACUUUUGAAGGCGGCAGCCCCCGGACCCGCAGGCAGUUUGCACAGUGAGACUUCACGUCGCCCUGAGCACAAGCAGGGCGCUCCAGUUAACCCACAGAGUGCAGUUUGCCAUCAAGCUCGGUGAGAACUCAUCUAAUAUAUUUUAUUUCAGGAGGAAAGGGAAGUGGUUUUAGGUUCAGAAUUACGAUGAAAGUAAAUUUCCCGGGACAGUCAACUCUGCCUUCACUCCUCGUGGCUCCCAGCUCACAGACGAACCACGCAGGAGGCAUUAAUCCUCUUUC